ACCGCCCUCGCCCUGACCAGCAGCUCAGCUGCCCUCGUGGGUGUGGGCACUUAGACUAGCUGAUAAAACAUUUCUGAACCUGCUGAACCACGAGUUGAUCUGAGGGACAUCUUAAAUUGAAGACUGCAAACUGAAGGACUUCUGGUUCACAAUAACAGGGGAUGUUUGAAAGCGCAACAAAGAAGCUCGUCCGUCAGAUCGAUCCUAAUGGUGUUCUGAUUGCGACGUCCAGCCCGAAUGAUUCAAAUAAACUUCGGCCCCUUGCAGUGGUGUUGAAGAAGCCGAAGAAGUGGUUCUGGCAGGAAACUACAUACAGACCCACAUCUUUUACGCUGAAUGACCUGCUGAAGGAGAAGGAAAUAAAACCAGUGCUGGAGAAGAACGAGUUUCUGAAAUAUGAGGCAACAUACAAAAACGCUAUAAGUGGAUCGGUGGAGGUGGGAAAUAAAGUUGCCGGCGUGAAAGGACAGGGCAGGUCCAAACUCCACGUGUCUUUUGGGACUCUUCAGAAGGAAGAUGUGGACAUUCCAAUACUUCUGAAGGACUCCAGAGAAAGGAAGGUGGACCUCGAACACUCGUUGAUUCAGCAGUCAUUGAAGUGGAAGAAGGUGUUCACCCUCCUUAAAGAGCGAAUUUUGACUACCUGUGAAUGUUCAAUCUCUUAUGUCGGACUGGAGCAGGGCAGCUGUUUCACUGGUUUUGGAGGAUUUUCAGAGGGCAGCUGUUUCAGUGCUCUUGGAGGAUUUUCAGAGAUGUUUAUAAAAGACAGCGGUCAAAUACGAAUUGACUCCGACCUUGUCUUAACGAUCCCACCAGGCACCAUCAUGGCUUACAGUGUCAUGGAAAUGAGCAUAGACAGUAAUGGCAACUUUGAAUUGUCUCUUGGGCCUGAUGGAAUCGAGGCUGAUGACAAUUCCCAGGAUUCUGAUUGUUCAGAAACGGAUGGCCCUUGGCCAUUUGAAGAGAUUCCGAAAGGGUCCGCACUUAGUUCCCUAAAUAAAGCGCUUUCGGAUGUUCACAAUAGGUUAUAUUCGCUGACUGAUCUUUCUUGUGAGUGCCGCUCUUCCUUACUUCUCCAUUUGAGUGAAAUUCUGUUAGACCGACCCAUCCUGUCAGCUUUGGUGGAUAGGCUCGAGGAACCAAACAGUGAAGAAGCUCCAUUCCUCCCAAAGAACGAACUGACGGACAAACAGAGGCUUUUAACUGACACGUUUUUAGAUUUACUGAAGUGUGAACAAUUCAAGAGCAGGAUAAGGGAAGCAUCAGUGGCCAAUCAGAAUGGAUCGCAGACAUCAACAGCCAAUCACAGUGGUCAUCCCUCAGCAUCUGAGUUGAAUGGAUCAGAAAAACAGAAUGGAGAAAGAGCUGUCUCACAUCACAAUGGGACAUCAACAAAAUCAAGCAAGCAGAGCGAUCAACUUCGGGUGGCCAUGCAUAUGCUGCUCAGUGCUCUUGAGGAGUUGACAGAUGCUGGACUGAAGCUGCUUGGACAUUUCUGCUCUCCUGAGGGUCUAAGAAGUCUGCAAGACUUUGUAAAUCUUCUGGUAGCUAACGACACACCCCUCUCCAAAGACAGCAUCCCUGUGUUCUUACAGAAAGAUGAGGAAUUCUCCAGAGUGAAGGUGCUUUUUAAUUUAUGCAAUGUUUUACUAAAGGAAGAAGAUAAUGUUUUGUUUGCAGAGGUCACAUGUGAAGAGGGAUUUCUUCCGCUUGUACUGUGUAUUGUGAUCAAUGGCCUUGCAUGCCUUAUUGGUGAAUAACAGUGUUAUUACUUCUUAAUAAUGACUGGGUUGGAUCAAAUGUUCUGUUCCUUAACUAACCCCACUAACUUAACUACUUUUGUUAAUUGUAUUUCUUAUAUGUUUAUUGCUUAUCAUUAUAUAGAUCAAAAAUAUAUUACUUUAUUGUCAGUGUACUGACUUGCAAAGAAAAGAAAGAAAAACGAAAAACUGAAUGUGCACUUAAACCAAUCCUAUGGUUUUUCAAAGUUAUUUUGUUAUUUGCAAUGAAAACUUGUUUAAAGGACAUUUUACAAGAUUUAAUAUAAGCCUCAGGUGUGCCCUGGAUAUGUCUAUAACGUUCAGCUCAAAAUACUCUACAAAUCAUAUAUAUAAAUGCCGCUAUUUGGGUUGGAAAAAAAUUUGCUGUUUGUGGCUGUACCUUUAAAUGCAAAUGAGCUGCUGCUCCUCCCUACUUUACCAACAGACAGUGAGCGCUUCCAGUUAAAAUAGAUCUGAUUGCUGUAAAUACAGUCUCAACAGUACCACACUAUUGAGAUAUGGUGGACAGCAUGCAAGUUGUUGGAGGUGGAAAUUAUGUUAAUGCAGGACUGUCAGUCAGUGGUCUUGGGUGGGGCUUUAUCAGUGUGACAUCACAUUAACAAGAGAAGAAAAACAGCAUUUUUAAUGAGACUGCUUUGGUUUUAUGGGAAUUAAAAAAUAUUUUUUUAUUGUAGUAAAACCCACACAAGUGGAUUUUGCAUUAUAUGUGGCCUAUAAACAAUUUUAAGGAUACUACAGUGUAUCAAGUCUCACAUAUUAAAAUGUAUAAGCUUUGUCACAUUACAUAUUUGUGGCAUUCAGAGUUUUUUUUUUUUGAAACCUUGACUUGUAUAUUGUGCAGAUGUUUACUAAGGUAAUUAACUGACAUUUAAUUUUAUCCAAAUUAAAAAAUAUAUAUUUAUCUAUGUUAUAUUUGUAUGUAAUGCACAACAUAGCACUGCAAUUUAAAUCUGAUAAAUAUAUAUUUUGAUAUUUAUAUUUUCAA